AUGAACUUCCGCAAGGUAGCACAGUUUCCCGUCAAUCAUUUAGGGGAAGCCAACCACAGACAAAGUGCCACCCAGUGUGUCAAAGAAAACAAUGGAAUAACAAAAUUUUUUUUAAAAGACUUGAUAAAGGAGUCUUCCCUCAAAAAUGGGGCUGCUGUAUCGGGCGAAAAGGCAGAACAUGAGCGAAGAAACGUGCAAAAGGAUGACAAAAAUCAACCAUUUAACGUGACCUAUACUUGGGAAACGGAUCCGAUAAGUGGGUUCAGGUUCGUUAAUGUUUUAAACAAGAAGGAUAAAAAAAAGCUGGGGAUUCAAUGUAUUUACUGUAGAGACAAACAAUUGUUCAGAUAUAAAAGAAGCGUCUUGUACCAUAUGGUUACUUUUGACCAUGGUCUGAAAUCAAGUGUCAUGGAAGAUUUAAAGCUUAACGAGAAGAACGCAGAUGAGCGGUCAGAGUUUAUUAACAAUUUCAACGCAGAAAAAUGUGCACAAAGGAGAGCACAAAGUGGGUCAGAAAUUUUUGAUAGAAGGGGAAUAGGAGAAGAACCCGAAAGAAAACACACAAAGAAGUGUUGUAAUAAUUACGAACUCAUUAAACUUGAAAUAGAAUUUGUGGCAACUUUGAAUUUAUUAACAUGUGAAGAAUUGGAAUCAUUGUUUUGUUUUUUUUUCCCCGAGAAAAUAUUUUCAUUUAGUGAAUGUACAGAGAAGGAGAUCAUUAUUGAGCACUUUUUACAAAACAUAAGUUCCGUUUCGACCAAGUAUUCCUCCCUGAUUAAGUCAGCAUAUGAUGAACCCAUACUUAACAAAGACCCUAAAUGUGCUACUUUGCAAGAAUACCUGAAUGGGUUAAAAGUUUCGGGGGAAGCACAGAACAGUUCUACGGAUGAACCGAAGAUAGAAGGUGAGGUGAUCUCUCACGAGAUAGACGGCAAAGAUAGAGAGGGUGAAGAUGGGGACACCCGUGGAGAUGACGCAAAAAUUGGUUCAGAUGCAGCAGGUGGAAUUACUGCCAUUGAAGAAAUUCCGCAAAAUUCGGGAAAUGAUGAGUAUGCAACGAUGGGCGAAAGGGGGUUGGAGCCCAUGCAUAAGGAGACUAAUAUGGCUAACCAGCUGACCUCCAAUAUUGCCAACGAACGAACCGAUGAAGACGCUGCCAAUGUCGCAAAAAGGAAAAGAACGAAAAAGCCAAAAGGCCUAGAUGCAGGCACAGGACAGCUGAACCCAAAGAAUCAUAUACUGAUAAACAUCAACGAUUGCGACAUUUUAAAGCACAAUGAUAAAAUAUUCAUUAACUUGAGUGCUCUUCGGGAGGUUAAAGCAGACGCGGAACGGAAAAAGGAAAAUGACGCGAUUCUCAUUGUUAGCGGCUCAGGGGAGGCGGGGCAACUGAGCGAGGUAGGCACAACCAGGGUAGAACCAGGAAAGGUAUGCACAAAUAAGGUGGACAGGAACGACGUAGACCCCACAACUGCUAACCCAACAACUGCUAACCCCACAACUGCUAACCCAACAACUGCUAACCCCACAACUGCUAACCCAACAACUGCUAACCCCACAACUGCUAACCCAACAACUGCUAACCCUACAACUGCUGAACCCACAACUGCUAACCCUACAACUGCUGAACCCACAACUGCUAACCCAACAACUGCUAACCCAACAACUGCUGAACCCACAACUGCUAACCCAACAACUGCUGAACCCACAACUGCUAACCCAACAACUGCUGAUACCACAACUACUGACCCCACAAUUGCUGACCCUACAACUGCAGAUGCAAACGCCAAUGAAACGGCCCACUCGGCAAAGAAAGCCUCAUCAGAACGGAUAAACAACCCUCAAACGAACGCAGCAUCUACUGAGGGUGGUAAUGAGAAUGAUGUGAACCCCCCACUCCGUGUGAACAAAAAGGCCAAACGGAGCAGAAAUAAAAAAGACACGAAUGAAAAAUGCACGACGCAAGUGGGUACAAAGGGCCAAACGGGUGCAGAAAACUGUACGACGCGAAAUAGGCAACCGAAAAAAAAGAUAAAAGUAAAUGACGUGCCAAGAGGCAAUUCUGCCCCAACAAUUUUACCUUCACAAGAUGGGCAAAUAAAAGAACACUUAGAGGAGGGAAAGGAACAAACAAAAGAAUGCAACUCGAAGGAGAUCCUUCUUAACGAGGGUAGCAACAUAAAUGGUCACCAUAAUGAAGAUAAAGCAGAAAAUGGCAACAACAGUAAGAGCAAGGAAAAUUACCCCCAGAGUAGCAGCAAUAAUAGUAGCACCCCUUCAAGGGUCAUGGAUGAAGAAAAAGAAUUUAACCCUAGUGACGAAUUAGUCCAUGCAAGAAAUGUAGAAGAAGAUAAAGACACACAUGACAUGAAAGACGACACGGUACAUGUGCAUGACAGCAGGUUAGGAGAGGCACGGGAGGAAAACACUGCGCCGUUGGAUCAGGGAGGACACGUUAGGAAGGUGGUGCCUUCAAAAGGGGUUGCUGAGCUGAUGCCUGCUAAAAUGAUUAACAGAAAAGAAAAUGUAAAAAGGAAAAAGACAAAAAAUGACGAUGAAAAGAAUGAAGCAAAAUUUUGUAAGAAGAUAAAAUGCCCCAUUGGGAAGGAUACCAACUGCCCCACAAGUCAUGAUGAGAUUAACCAAAAUAAAGAGACCCCAUCGAACAGAAGAAAAGAAGGAAACAAACUUAACGUGCGGGAGAGGGGCAAAGCGCAAUGCAACGCAUCACUACGGAAUUCUAAAAACGUAAAAGGAGGAACAUGUGUAAGCAAUACAGGUGGUAACGGGGCGGUAAGCUGUGUUAACAAAAAUAGCAUUAAGGGAAAAGUACCUACUAAGGAAAAGCCAUACGUUGGUGACUCCGGUCAUAAUGGGAACAAUCAUUUAACGGAACAGAAAUCCAACGCAUCGCUGAAAAAACAGUUCAACAGCGUAUCUGAAGAGGAUGAAAAUAGACGCAUUUCUGCAAAAAUGCCAACUAAGCAAUUAUGUGAUGUAUCGACGGAUAAUAUAAUUCAGCCUGACGUCAUGAACUGGUCACGCACACGUUCUUGCAGACUUGGUGAAUACGGCACGGGGUGA